UGAUUGAAUGUACUGGUGGUUAGAAGAUGUGCACAAAUAAAUGUUUAGGGGCAUGAAAAAAAGUAGAAGUGCUUUUUAAAGCUUGAGGAAGGAUGUGAAAUCAGUUAGAACAGCCUUCAACACCACACAAAUUCUUUCAUCGGUCAGAAUUUAACAAGUGCUGUAGAAAGGACGACGUGACGGAAAGAAAAAGAUCUGGCUUUGAGUUUGAGGAAUUCUGAGACAUGAAUGUACUAAUAAUCAUUGUAUUGCUCUUCCCACUAAAUGCCAAAGGGACUACUAAAAGUAUUCCAACAACAUCUCAAGGUCCCUCAGUCAAAGAGAAUACAAAUGCAUAUCACCAAAAAACAGUCACAGAUUCAUCUUCUACCAAAACUUCCUUCAAUAAACCUGGUGAUCUGAAAAAUGCCAGUAAUUCCACUAACAAGACCGAAACUACUGUGGCCCUAAACAAAUGUGGACAUGGAACUGGCAGCUCAGUUAAAGACAAACAAUUUAGGUUUUUUCAGGAUUUGGACCUAAAGACAUUUCUCACAUUUUUGUCGGGAGUGAUUUGUUCAACACUUAUUUUCUCUACUGUGUUGUUCUUUGUAGCCAUCUGCAACAGAUGCAGAGCAAAAGAUGCAAACAAAAACAAAGAAAGUAUUGCCUUAAAGGAUGUUAAACAUGAAGAUGAACUACUGGUGAUGCAGACUGAAGAAGAUAAGGUAGAUGACAAGGACCCUCUUCAAGUACAGACUCCUGCUGACGUCUCCACAAAGACAUCUGGAACUGAAGAAGAGAGGAAGCUCUUAGGAAAGGAACAUACAGAAGGAGCAAGAGUAGUGUCUGAAGUUGACUACGCCUCUAUCAACUACUCACUUUUACAGAAGAAGAAAGACGGAGACUUAAAUCCAAAACAAGCAGAGAGUGAUUAUGCAGAGAUUCAGAUAAAAAAGCCAAAUGAAGGAGAGGAAGUUCAGACCGUGCAGCAUGGACUGGAGAAAGAUGAAGUGGUUCAAGAAGGAGCAAUGCAAGAUGGAGGGGAUCAAGGCAUAGAAGAUGGGAUGGAAAGUGAAAAGCAAGCGGAGUUAGAGGAAGUCCAGGUUUAACAGGGAUAGUUUCUCAGUACAGUAUGGUUUAUCGUUAAGAAGGACAGUGAAGAAUGGCUCUGGCAUUUUAACUAUGAAUAAUUCUGUGAAAUUGUUGCUAUUUACGUUCUUAGCAUUUCAAGUUUCAUUUACCUUGAACAGUACAAAAUAUUUGCAUUACUAGCUUGUAAACCCAUCUAUGUUUUUCAGUUUGUUUGUUUCUAUUCUUCUUUUUCUGAACACUGAAAACACACUUCCCCUAUUUUGAAGCUAUGUACAGUACAGACAGUUUGUCGAUUGCCGUAGCAAAGAGCACAAGAGCUUGUUGAAAAAGUAGCAAAGAGCACAAAACAAUGUGUUUUGUGUGUGUGAGAGAGAGAGAGAGAGAGAGAGAGAGAGAGAGAGAGAGAUUAUGACUGGUGUUGUUUAUUGUGUUUGUUGCCUUUUUGGACUCCUUUAUCAUUUGUAAUGUUGCUCCCAUUUAAAACAGUUCAGUUCAAGCCCAUUUUUAGGGUCAAGAUUGAGGACAAUGUCCCGUCCAGAGACAAGCUGUUUCGAUGGUUCAAAUGACCAUCGAAAAUACCCUCUCUAAUGAAUGUUUUUUUUUUAUAUUGGUUGUUGCGUUAAAUCUUACCCAGAUAGUGCUAUUUUCUCAUUGGUUAUUGUGUAGUCUCUUUUUUUGAUUGGCUGAUAAGUGUCAGGCUCGACUAAGAACUCCAGCGGAGACGCGCUUGAUUCCUGCCCGGUUCCAUAGAGACAGCGGUGCGGACGGAUUCAUUUUGGGCGCUGUGGCAGAUUAAAUAUGAUAAAUAGUCAACAAGUUUUUCUGCGUGAGAAAUACAAUGUGUGGCGGGAGCGUGACAAAAGACCCAAAUACGUGACUGUCACUCUCAAUGUGUGACACUUAACAGCUCUGCAAAAAUAAAUAAAUAAAAAAUACCACAGGCUCCAUUGAAUAGUAGUAUUGGAAAUUAUUGAAAAAAAAUCUCACGAAUACACAAUUUCUUAAAAAAUAUAUAAUCAUUGCGAGUCUAUAGCAGGUUUUGAAUAAAAUCAUACACUGUAAAUAUGUACUCUUCUUUUUUAUUCACUGAUGGUUGAGAUUGAAUGAAAUAAAGAAACAUUUAGUCUCAUAAACUGAGCUGUUUUAUCUAAGGAAUAAAACAUUUGGGUGUU